AUGACUUUCAAAUAUUGGCUGCUGUUCCUGCUGUAUUUCGUGCAAGGAAUCCCCUACGGGCUCCAGUCGGGACUCUUGCCGGUCUAUUUCCGGACAGUGGGCCUCUCCUUCACCAAGAUCAGCCUGACGAAGCUGCUUUACUUGCCAUGGAUCCUCAAAGUGCUCUGGGCCCCCUUUGUGGACUGGUAUCUCUCCAAGAAGACCUGGCUGAUGUUGACCAUGUGCGGCUUGGCCAUGACCUGCCUGGCCUGUUCCUUCCUGACUCCGGAAGUGGACUUCCUUGGAGUGGCGGUCACUCUGCUGCUCAUGAACCUCUUCGCUUCCAUCCAGGACGUGGCCACCGAUGGGGUGGCCAUCCAGCUGUUAGGAGCAGAGGAGGUGGGCUUUGGGAAUAGCAUCCAGGUGGUGGCCUACAAACUGGGCUCCCUCAUGGCGGGAGGAGGCCUGCUCACCUUCCUCCAUCACCUGGGCUGGGGAGCCCUCUUCGUCUACCUGACUCUAAUCUACGCCACGGCCGUCGUGUUCACCUCCAAGUUUCAUCUGGACUCCUCUCCCCACGACACACCUGCCAAGGACCGGGACUUAACCCUGCUGCGUUUUUUCCACGAGAUUCUCCUCGUGCCGGACACGCUGUGGACUGCUGGCUUUGUCCUCAUCUAUAAGUUGGGUGAACAGGGGUCGGUUUCCAUGUUCCCCCUCUUCCUUCUAGAUCACAGCUUCUCUCCCCAGAAGCUCGGCUUCUGGAACGGGAUCGUGGCCACCGCUUUUUCCAUUACAGGCUCUUCCCUGGGGGGCCACCUGCUUCCCUUCUGACCUCUGUGGCUUGUUCCCAUCAGGAAUUCCGAGUCUCUUCAAACCUUGCUGGUCCUCCGCUUCUGCAACCUCCUUUUCCAGACUUGGGUGAUGGUCACCUACACAGACCAGGCAGCUGCCUUUGAAGUGGCCGCCGUGCUGAGCUUGUGCAUCCAGCACUUCAUCGGGGGGCUGAUCACCACGCUGGUCUUCAGCAAGAUGAUGCUGUGCAGUCAGAAGGCCCCAGAGAGGAUCCAGGCCACCCACUACAGCUUUCUCGCCGCCAUCGAGGUCCUGGGGAAGGUGGCCUUUAGCACCGUGGCAGGUAGCCUGGUGGACUGGUUGGGCUUCCGACAUACCUUCGGCGUCUUCCUCGCCUUCUCCUUCGCCUCCGUGCUCUACACAGUGUAAGCCAGGACGAGCAGAGGGCCUUCCCGCCAGGGUCAGUCCCGUGUCGCUGGCCAACGAAAGAGAGGCCAACUUCAAGAGAAGCCCAUUGAAAUCCGGGGACA